AUGGUCCUACCACCAAAUAAUACACUUAGUGCUUGUGUAGCACAGGGCAAACUCUGCACAGUGGGUUUCCAUGAUUGGCCCAAACAAGACAGAUUCAUAGGCCAAAUCGAGAUUGUCCAAAUUGCGAAAAGUGCGGGGUACGACAGCGUAUUCCUUGAUCUGGAGCACUCUGCAUUCACACUGCAGACCGCAUGGGAGCUAUGUCAGGUGGCGAAUAUGGCCAAUGUCUCGCCCUUUGCUCGGGUGCCAGGAGAGACAGGGAAUGGCUAUAUCCAGCGUGUGUUGGACGGGGAUGCACGCGGCAUCAUAUUCCCGCAUAGCCACACAGCAUCUGAUGCGGCGGCAGCUGUAAAAAUGGCGAAGUAUCCACCACUAGGAAUCCGAUCCAUCAAUCCGUCCUUGUUGGAAUCUGAUGACGGCACGGGCCUCCCGGCUGAGGAAGCCACCAGGGUCCUUGCUGAGAAAGAUGCUGUCUGCUUCAUCCAGGUUGAGACUCGUGAUGCGCUGGAAAAUGUGGACUCAAUCGCCGCUGUGGACGGGGUGGACGUUCUCUUAAUUGGGUCUAUGGAUCUGACAAUCGAGUUGGGUAUCCUCGCACAAUGGGAUCAUCCACUGUAUCAGAAGGCGCUUCGCGAUGUCUCGGCCGCUGCACAUAAGUAUGGCAAGGUUUGGGGCAUAUCGGGGUUGUUCGGCCGUCCGGAUCUGUGGCGGUUGGCUGUCCAGGAGCUCGGAGCUCGAUUCAUUGUAGGGGCGCUCGACAGGGGCCUAGUUUCGUGUGGCGCAGCUGCCAACGUUAGCAUGCUAAAGGACUCGGUCGAAGGUAGCCAGGGGCAUCGGUGA